CGUUGCUCUUCUUCUUCUAGGGGGUUUGUCGAAAGACGACACGAUGUCAUCCUCGACCUCGUCUUUCCUCUGGAGGGCCAACCUGAUCCCCAUCGCCAUCGUCAGCUUCUACAUCCUCUUUGUUGCCCUCCUGACACAACCCUCGUUCCAGGCGCACAAUGUCUUUUUGCACACUAUCAAUUGGCCCUUCUCUAACCUCGAGGACCCUUCCGAGACCAAAGGUAUCUCACCUGGCCAAGCUCGAAAUGUUCGGAUAAAGUCUUCGGAUGGCGUAGAGAUUGGAGCGUGGCACCUCUUACCAAAGGAUCUUUGGAAGAAGAAGACGGAAACGGCCAGAUCCGAGGAGCGCAGCGAAGAGGAGGAGUUCGAUCAGGCCCUGCUCGCCAGGCCGACUGUCUUGUAUUUCCAUGGCAACGCCAUGAAUCGCGCCGCGCCCUUCCGAGUGGAGGCAUACGGUCAGCUCACCAACUCAAGUGUGUCGUCGCAAGGUGGUCUCAACGUCGUUGCCAUCGACUACCGUGGUUUUGGCGACUCCACGGGCCACCCGACCGAGCAGGGCGUGCUCUGCGAUGCACGCGCUGCUUGGCGAUGGGUCAUGCACAGGCGCAGACUCGCCCUGCAGAGAAAUCAGCUGGCGGCCCGUGCAACGACACCCGUGAGCUUUCUUGAGCAGGGAGGAGGCAUCUAUCUCGUCGGUCAGAGCCUUGGCACCGGCAUUGCCAGUCGACUGAUGCUCGACCUUGCCAGAGUUGAUCGUCCGCCCGAGGCAAUCUUCCUCGUCGCACCCUACACGUCCAUCUUUGCCCUCCUGUCGUCGUACAAGCUCGGCGGCUUGAUCCCCAUCCUCUGGCCCCUCAACGUCUGGCAGUACCUCUCUGACCUGGCUGACCGAAGCCUGACCACGCGAUUCGAGUCCGACAAGGCCAUCCGCAAUCUCUUUGCCAUUUCACCGCGCCAUGGAAAACUUCAGCAGCUCCAGCUCGAGGCGCUGCCCCACACACUCGACGUUGAGACGCUCAAGUCGCAGUUCGGACUGGACGAAGAGCAAGAGACGCACAUAGAGGGCGCCUUCGCCAGAAAGCGACCUCACAUCAUUGUUGCGCAUGCAGACGACGACCCAGUCAUUCCUCACACCCAUGGCCGUUCUCUCUUCAACACAGCCCGCGUCGCUGCAGGUCAGAGUGAAGAAGACGUCACGGUCCAAGAAACUUCUUGGGGUCACAUCUACUCUACGACGGACGAGUCGGGCAGAAAGAGCGCCCUCAUACGCAACAAGCAAGGCGGUCACAAUGGUGUGCCAGAAAGCACCAUCGAGGCUUGGGCCCGCUUGGUUAGCCUGCGACCAUAGGUCAUUCUUCCCGCCCGCCCCUCUCCCCUUUCCUCCCUAAGAGGCUAGAUAGAGACUGCCUUCUGUCCCCUUCUCCACCCUCCUGUACCAAAGACUGCCGUUGGAUCAAUCAACAAACCCAAACCUGAGGGCCACGAAUAGG